CUUUUUUGCCUUUAAGUAUAAAUGGAAUCGAAAACUGGACUUUAGGUAGUGCAGUUUAGUAGGCUAAUCCUAGAACUCCUGUACUCUUGAUUGAAAAUAUCAUCAAAGCGGCAUCAGAAUGUUUGUCUUGCUCUGCAUCUUGCUUUUGGUGGGAUCUGCCAGCUCCCAGUGGAAAGACGACGACUACUCAUUUUCUCUGCCAGUAGGAAACCCACACGGACACACUUAUGUCAUUCAGCGUCCUGGAAGAAUUACUGGCGUUCGAGUGUGGGCGCUUUAUAACAGUCGCAUAACAGGCAUCCAGCUUCGCAACGGCUACUCCUGGAGUCACAUUGCAGGCUACACAACAGGCCCAGUUCAAGAGAUGUUAUUGUAUGAAAAUGAGGCAAUUGUGCAGCUUUCUGGAAAAUACAGCUACAGGAUAGAUUCUCUGAUAUUUACUACCAACAUGGGUCGUUCCCUGUAUGCUGGCCAACCUCGUGGGAACUCAUUCAACAUGUACCCCCACAGCAAAAAGGCUGAACUUCGCUUCAUCAGUGGUCGUCAGAGUGGCGGCAUCUUCACCAUUGGGGCACACUGGGGAGUUGUGACUGACCCUAAUGCAAACACUAACAAUACUAAUACUUACUAGUUAUCAUUCACAUAAGAAAUAUUUUAGUUUCAUGUAAUGAAAAUGUGUGCUUAACUCUUUUACAUCUUAAUUACAUCAUUGUUCAAAGUGAACUAGAAUGAGCGAAUGUGAUUCUUUCUUAUAGCCUUUGUAUCUUGUGCUUCCAAUGUUAUUUUUAUCAUGAUUUUGUUUUGUAUGAUACUGUGAAGAUUGAACAUUUAGCAAUCAGACUGUUAAUGUAUGAAGGACCCUAACCCUUUUCUCGUAGGCACCGUCUAACUGCAUUAUUCUAACACACCUAAUAUAAUCAAUCAGGGAAUAGUAUCAUUUCUCGUAUUUACUGUUUGACUGUUUGUAUUACUCACACCCGAUAUAAAAUAAAUAGCACUUAUACCAUAGUUUAAGGAAAACAAGCAGAAUACAGGGCAUAAAAGAUAUAGUACGUGAUGCCUUCUUAUUAUGGUAGCCCAAUGUGAGCGUCAUGCAAAUGACUGAGCAAGAUUGACGCUGACAAGCCGACGUCCGCACCACCAACUCUCGCAAUAAGUUUUCCCGGACAGUCCAGAACAAAUGGCGGGACACCCUGUCCCAACACAAGGAACACCGGAGAACGCCCGAUAUCCAACCGAUAACAUGACUGACAAGACUCCAAGAGCCCCUUUGAUGCUGAGGUGGCAAAAUCCACAACCCUCGUUGCCCUGACAACAAUAACUCCCGAAUCCUCCUGUCCAAUCCACAAACAGACAAUAAUCCCAAACACACCCUUCUUCCUGCCCACGGCCCACCCCACGAGAGCCUUCAAAAGACUGAAUGUUUAAAUGAGCAUUGUCAAUUUUCUCGGGAACCUUUUGGUGACGUAUGAUAGGGUGACCUUGCCUCCCUGCCUGAGUCUGUUUUUGUUUUGCCUUGCUGUUUGAUCACUGUCGACCUGAAUAAAUUGUCAACUUGUUUACGGGGAGACCUUUCAACACUAAGUCAUUUCAAAUGGUUAAGACUAAGGUGAAUGCACGGAUUUUGGCCUUUUGGCCAGGAUGUCGGGGUUCCCACCGGCCUGGGUCGUUGGAUCUGCGCCAGUGCGGGUCCGGCGGUUCAGCUGGCGUGAUUCCGGCAGCCUGGCAGUUAGAUUCCUUCAUGUAAUAAAAACUGCAUUGUUUGUAAUGCUUUUUAUACCAAUGAAUUAUAUGUGAUUGUGCUGUCAUUUACCAUUAAAAAACUA